AUGGUGACACAAGUUUAUACGGUUCUAACAAAUAAAUUUAUAGGUCUAGGCGAGAGAGUAGCAGCGCUGGGUUAUGCUCCGGUCAUUCAGGAGUAUCUCAAGAGAGGAAGUCCGCAAUGUCUGAGAGCGAAGCUGUGGGCACAAGUGCUCGGCGCUGAGGUUUCAGCACAGCAAAUAUCCUACUUCAAUCAACUAAAGCGGAGCGUACUGGAGGUGGACCUGAUGAUAGACAAGCUGAUCUUCACAGACGUCCAACUAACUGCCUCCAACGAUGACCAGUACUUCGUUUUCGAAGAUCUGCUCUACCAGGUGAUGCUGUGCUUCUCCCGCGACUGUGAGGUUAUGCAGCAGCUCCGAGGGAGUACAGGCACGCCGCUCACGGUCGCGAUCAAGGGUCUUCAGACCAGCGCCGACAGCGUCACCGUGUUCCCGCCUAGUGGCAUCAUACCCUUCCACGGCUUCACCAUGUAUGCAACCCCGUUCUGCUAUCUGUACGAUGACCCGGUGCAACUGUACUUUAUGUUCCGCGCGUUCUACUUGCGUUACUGGCAUCGGCUGCAUUACAUCUCUACACAUCCUCAGAUCUGA